AGCUCUUCCUGACUCCCCGCCCAGUGCUCUAUGGACCGGCUGCCAUUUUACAGAUAAGCAAGCUGAGCUAGGGAGAGGUGAGAGGGUUUGCUGGAUGUCAACGGUCUAUUGUCAGUGUCAAAUGUCAGUUGUAGGAUUCGAAUCAACUCCUUCCUGCGUCCCAGGCCGCUCUGCCCUAGCCCGGCUGCCUUUCCAGCCUGGGGAACGGAGGAGCUUGGCUUGGCCCAGCUCCGGUCAGGAUGGACGAGCUGGAUAGCCAGCCUGGACAGCCCAGAGGGUGCACACACAGGCCCCGAUUCAGAACCAUGGCUCAUCAGCAGACUUCCCCGCGCUCUGUCGAACUCGAAUUUGGGGGGCCCCUGGGGACGGCUGCCAUGCUGCUGCUACUCCCUGUGGUCCUCUUCCACCUGCUCCUCACCUGCCACUCCGGCCCCUGCAGCCUGCUCAACCUGCCCUCCGAGCUGCCCCCAACCUCUGCCUUCUGGAGUCCUUGGGCUCUGCUGCUGCUUCUGCUCUGGCUGGGGCUGCAGGCUACACUGUACCUGCUGCCCAUGGGCAAGGUAUCUGAGGGCAGGAUGCUGAGAGACAAGAGCCACCUGCAAUAUCCAAUUAAUGGGUUUCGGUGCCUGGGCCUGACGGCUCUGCUGGUGGGGCUGGGGCUGGCAGGGGGUCUGCCCCUCGGGAGCCUCUCAGAACUGCUCCUGCCGUUGGCUUCAGCAGCCACAGCUAUAGCCUUCAUCCUCAGCCUCCUCCUCUACCUCAAGUCCUUUACAGCGCCGCCUUCAGCCCUCGCCCCCGGGGGGAAUUCAGGUAACAUCAUCUACGACUUCUUCCUUGGCAGAGAACUGAAUCCCCGAUUCGGAUCCUUUGACCUCAAGUAUUUUUGUGAGCUUCGUCCAGGGAUGAUUGGUUGGGCCCUGAUCAACCUGGCUCUGCUGUUGCAGGAGGCUGAACGCCAGGGGGGUUGGCCUUCCUUGGCCAUGGGGCUGGUCAAUGCCUUCCAGCUUGUCUAUGUGGUGGACGCUCUUUGGAAUGAGGAGGCAAUUCUAACCACCAUGGACAUCAUCCAUGAUGGCUUUGGCUUCAUGCUGGCUUUUGGGGACCUGGCCUGGGUCCCCUUCAUCUACAGUCUUCAAGCCCAGUUCCUUCUGAAUCAUCCCCAGUCUUUGGAGUUGCCUGUGGCUGGGGCCAUUUGUCUGCUAUUUGCGAUUGGCUACUUUAUCUUUCGUGGGGCCAACACACAGAAAAAUACCUUCCGGAGGGACCCUACUGACCCCAGUGUGGCUGGCCUUGAGACCAUCCCCACAGCUACUGGGCGGCGCCUGCUGGUAUCAGGGUGGUGGGGUAUGGUCCGUCAUCCCAACUACCUUGGAGACCUCAUCAUGGCUCUGGCCUGGUCCCUGCCCUGCGGGGUGACACACCUGCUUCCCUACUUCUACGUUGUCUACUUUACCAUCUUACUGGUGCAUCGGGAGGACCGGGAUGAGCGCCAGUGUCUCCAGAAGUAUGGCCUGGCCUGGCGGGAAUACUGUGCAAGGGUGCCUUACCGUAUAGUACCAUACGUCUACUGAGCCCGCCUGCCCCAUGAAGGAACAAGGCUGGGGGCGCCCUGCCCUCUGCGCCUCUUCCCAGACAGCACACCCAGCAGCCCAGUUUCGGUCAUCUGGAAGAAAUGACACCUGCAGCUUGCCCCUUCCAUCCUGGUGAUCUCUAGGCCCUCGAUGCCCCCUUGGGCUACUCAGAUACCCACUCUGAGCCUCAGUUUCCUCCUCUGAGGGAGGAGGGGCUGCAUGUACUCGCGAAUGAUUCUGAAGUUGCCCCCGGGACACAGGGAAGGGGAGCUGGGGAAGCCUGUGAAUAGAGCUCUGCUGAUGGACCUGUC